CAAAUGUCAAUACUCAAUAUCAAUAAAAUAGAAACUACAAACUGUAAAUAAUAAAUAAAAUGAAUAUUAUUCCUUAAAAUCCUUAUUAUUAAAUGUUAUGACCAAUAUUUAAAGCGGUUUAAAAUGUCGAAGAUAUGUUGUCUUAAACUAUUCAUAUGUUAUGUAUUUUUAAAUUUAAUAUUUGUCGAUACUGAUGCUUUUGAUAUUCCGGAAGGAUUUGAAAAGUCGAAUCAUACCAAUAAUUGGGCUGUACUAGUAGAUACAUCACGAUUUUGGUUCAACUACCGCCAUGUAGCAAAUGUUUUAUCUAUUUAUCGAAGUGUGAAGCGGUUGGGUAUACCCGAUAGCCAGAUAAUACUCAUGAUAUCAGAUGAUAUGGCGUGCAAUCCACGGAAUCCUCGGCCUGCUACUAUCUUCAACAAUGCUCAUGAACAAAUUAAUGUUUAUGGAGAUGAUGUAGAAGUGGACUAUAGGGGCUAUGAAGUAUCUGUUGAAAAUUUUGUCCGUUUACUCACUGGUCGUGUACCACCAGAUACACCAAGAUCUAAGAGAUUGCUAACUGAUGAAGGAAGCAAUAUUCUCAUCUAUUUAACUGGACAUGGAGGGGAUGGGUUCCUAAAGUUCCAAGAUUCUGAAGAAAUAACCAGCCAGGAGUUAGCUGAUGCUCUCGAACAAAUGUGGCAAAAAAGAAGAUACAAUGAAAUAUUCUUUAUUAUUGAUACUUGUCAAGCCUCAUCAAUGUAUGAAAAAUUUUAUUCACCAAAUAUUCUUGCAACAGCCAGCAGCUUGGUUGGUGAAGAUUCACUGUCACAUCAUGUGGAUUCAGCCAUCGGAGUCUAUAUCAUAGAUAGAUAUACAUACUAUGUGUUGGAGUUUUUGGAAAAUGUACAUCCAAACAGCCACAAAACAAUGUCAGAGUUUUUGUCCGUGUGUCCUAAACAUGCUUGUAUAUCAACUGUAGGUGUCAGACAAGAUUUGUUUAAAAGGGAUCCAAGAAAAGUGCCCAUCACAGACUUCUUCGGGUCCGUCAGACCGAUAAUAAUUACCACAGAUCCUAUCGAUAUCAUUGAGAUUCCAAAGAGAAACAAAAACACUGAAAAUAAAACUACAAAUGUGGUACAAAAAAGAAUGUAUUUACCACAGUUCCCAGUGCAUUUAAUACCAAGCAGUUAGAUAGUUAUUAAUUUGUAUUAUUCUUAUUAUUUAAUAAAUAAGGUAUUUCUACAUA